CGGCGAGAGACAGCCCUUCAACUUCUUUUUAACGCCCACCGCCCUUCCUCCUUAACCCUACGUCCAGCCCUCUAGCUACCCUAUCUUACCUUCAUAUUCCUUCCGAUAACCGGGAGUCGCUCAUUAUUGCUCCCGCCUGCACCUUUGCUCUCCCCAUCAUCUGUCCCCCUCGCCUGCCCACACGAUGUCGCAGCAAAACCCCCCGAAACCGCAAUCGAGAGCGGCAGUGAUCGGCGUCGUGGCAUUCUACUUGGUAGCGGCAUUGUCGAUGGUCAUGGCAAAUAAAUGGGUGCUGAUCAGCACCAACACCCCGCUCUUCUUCCUGUUCACGCAACUAGCCAUCGCCGCGCUCCUCUUCCUUGCCUCCGAUGCCCUGCGCCUGCUUCCGGACCGCCUGCACUUCGAUCUCAAGGUCUGCAAGGGCCUCGUUGCGAUGGUCGGACUGAACGUUGUUGGCCUGAGCUUCAGCAACUACACGCUUAAGUACGUCGACGCGUCCUUCUACCAGGUUGCGCGCGGCCUCGUCCUCCCCUUCACCGUCGUCACCUCCUGCGUCGUCCUCCACUCGCGUCCGUCGCUGAGCGUGCUCGCCUCGUGCGGGAUCGUGACGCUCGGCUUCUUCAUCGGCGUGUUCCUCGACGGCACCCCCGUGUCCCCGAAGGGCAUCUUCUUCGGCGUGACCUCGUCCAUGAUCACCGCCAUGCACUCGGUCGUUAUCAAGCAGAGCUUGAACGUCGUGAAUGGCAGCGCACUCUUGCUGUCGUGGUACACCAACCUGCUCAGCGCGAUGGCUCUCGCGCCGAUCAUGGUUCUUGCUGGGGAAGGUCCGGAUAUCAUGAAGCUGCUCUUCGGUGUUGACGAGCUGAUUGAGGGCCGGUCAUCGGCUCUGACUACGUUCCUGUGGGGGUCGGCGAUUACGGGUGUCCUGGGCUUCGCCAUGAGCAUUGCGAGUUUGCUGUCCAUCAAGGUCACGUCUCCUAUCACGCACAUGGUGUCCUCCGCCGUCCGUGGCGUUGCCGCGUCCCUGCUCGGCGUGUGGCUCUUCCACGACAUAAUCACGACCGGACGCGCUACUUCGAUUGCGGUCAUUCUCGGCGGCUCCAUCUUGUACACCUGGGUCAAGCACAAUGAGCAGCAGCAGCAGGAGUCCCGACACGCAUACGAGCGCGUCAAGAUGGAGGAUGUGGAGGCUGGCGAGGGCAAGCGGCCAGAGUAAAUAUACGGUGUUUCUUAGAGCUUUGGAUAGCGUCCCGCAUAUUGCAUGCUAGAGCGACUAGAGGGUUGUGAUAUUCGAGUUACUUGUCAGUCUUUACAGUGGCAUAUUUACUUAUUCCCGUCACCA